AUGAUUGUGGUCGUGGCAGUCACAAAUUUUGUGAUUGGUUAUUUUACAGAUUCUAGCAGUGUUGUCAAUAAAGAUGAAUCUACUCCCAUUGUUAUUUUGAUUCCUGGUUUAACAAGUGAUUCUUCAGCUCCUUAUCUCAAACACCUUGCAUAUCAUACAGCAAAACGUGGAUGGAAAGUUGUUGUCAGUAAUCAUCGAGGACUUGGAGGUGUUCCAAUCACGUCUGAUAUUUUCUACAAUUCUGGAUGGACUGAGGAUACUCGCACAGUUGUUAAUUACGUCCACAAAGAGAAUCCCAAGGCACCUUUGUUUAUUGUUGGAAAUAGCGUUGGAGCUAAUAUUCUGGUAAAAUAUCUUGGCGAGGAAGGUGAGAACACUCCUGUAGCUGGAGCUGUAGCUGUUUGCUCUCCUUGGGACCUUUUGAUAACUGAUAGAUUUAUAACUCGUGCUCCUGUGCAAAAGUUUUAUGACAAAGCACUAACAGGCGGCCUUCAAGAUUAUGCAAAAUUACACCAGCCUCUCUUUUCUCGGCUUGGUAAUUGGGAAGGGAUAAUGAAGGCACUUUCUAUUCGAGAUUUCGAUGACCACGCCACUCGAUUGUUUGCAAAGUAUGAGACUGUUGAUACGUACUAUAGACGUUGCAGCAGUACUCCUUAUGUGAAAUCUGUAUCAAUUCCGCUUCUCUGUAUUAGUGCUCUGGAUGAUCCCGUCUGUACCAAGGAAGCCAUUCCAUGGGACGAAUGCAGGUUAAAUAAAAAUAUUGUGUUGGCCACUGUAAAGCAUGGAGGACAUUUGGCUUUCUUUGAAGGAAUAACUGCAUCUAGCCUGUGGUGGGUAAGAGCUGCUAAUGAAUUUCUUGAUGUACUACACUCUAGCCAUUAUAUGCAUCAACAGAAGAAGAUUUCUAAACCAAACGCACCAUUAGACUCUUCAAUCGAUCAGAGCCCUUAUAUCAAUGUUACCGAAGAUGGAUUGGUGGCUGGACUGAACAAUGAACCAACAACAGAAAUCCAGAAGAAAAACAAGUAAUACAGGAGAAUAUAUUCUUGUAUGACUUGGUGCA